UUGACCAUUCUUGAAUAAAAUUUAAUAUGAGAUUUAAAAUAUUUAAUUGCCUUUAAUAACGGGUGUGUUAAAUGCAAUAUAAAGUCAACAAACUAUUGAAAAUUUGUGCAUUGGAGAAAGUUAUCUGAAAGACAAAGGAACUUAUUUCAACGAAGAAUUACUAUAUAUAAAUAAAUAUUAAAUCAAGAAAAAUGGAAAAGAAUACAGGAACUGAUGUGGAAGCGCAGAAGUCAGGGCCACCGCCAUCUUAUGAAGAAUCCGUGUUUAAAAAAAUACAGACGGCAAAAGAUCAGUCCGAUGGAAAUAUUGACUUUGGGAAGAAGUUCUGCUUCAUUUUAUGUGGUUCUAUUGGUUGCACCAUCGCAAUGGGCGUGUUUCUAGCCAUUCCAAUAGCUAUGAUUGUUAUGGGCGCAAUCCAUCUAAACGAUUGUCCGGCUGAGCGCAUGAUUCCGAUCUAUCUCAUUGUUGGCGGUUCUUUCGGGAUUUUGAAAAACCUCCUCUCCAUCGGACAAAGAUGUAAAAACAGAGAUGAAGAAGACAGCGAUGAAAAGAAUACUAAGCCGAAUCCUGUUGAUGGCAUUGUCGGCUGCUUCCUGCUUGCUUGGUUUAUUGCCGGGAAUGUGUGGGUAUAUAGAACACACAAUGAAUGGUCAAAGGAUUCUUCCGCGGACAAUUACUGCGACCCAACUCUAUAUUGGUUUGCCUUUUGGAUAGUGACGUCAACAUACAUCAUCUUGGGCGUCGUUCUCUGUCUCGUCUGCUGCGGGGUUCUCGUCUGCUGUUGUUGUGCUGCCAAAGGUGCCGCUCAGGGAAACAAUUUCGACCAACAAUAAAAUAAGCUAUGAAUUGGACUUGCGCAGUGUCUGAAAAGGAUUUAGUUCUACAAGAACUUUCAUUAUAUAUAUAUACAUAUCAAAUUUUGUUUUCAGUUAAGCUUAAAGUCAUAAUGAAUAGUAAAUGUCUCGAGCUAAUAAAUACACAAAUUCAAAAAUAGCUAUUUACAUAAUCAGAAGAACUUUUAAUCACGUUAGAUAUUAAGAAAUUUAUUGACAUGGAUCUUCUUGUAUUUAUUGCUAUUUGCCUUUAUUUUCAAAGAGUAAAAAGUAACAAAAAUAAACAAAGACUCAUUGAAAAUGUUAAGAAUGAUAGAAUAUGUAAAGAAAAAAAUCUUCUAUACUCAUCUGUACGCAUAUAUUAAGUUUUAGAUGUAUUGCAAACAGUUUAGAGCCAGGCCAGCCUGCUGUCAGAUUUGUAAAAUCUGAUACAUAUUAUACUUAUUUUUUAAAAGCUUGACUUUGUUCUUUAGAAUUCAAAGCAGUGCAUAUCCCUUAUUCAAUUACUGGUAUUUGAAAUACCGAUGAAGGUGUUUUUGUCCAUCAUGUAUUUUAUUCCUAAAUUUUUCUUCUUUGUUUAGUCUCAUGAUUUUUCAUGAUUCCUUAAAUUUUUCACAUGUCUCAAAAAAAAAAUUAUUUUAAGUUUCACGAAUUUUCUUAUUUUUUAAGUACAUAAGUCACGAUAAAGUAAUCUUAUGCAGGUGUAAACCUUGAAAAUAUCUGUUUUAUAGUGAAAUUCUACCUCUAUGCCUUUUUGCGUUACAAGUAUACAUAAUACUCAUAAUAUUGGUUUUAAGAAUAUUGUCUUACAUAUGUUGAAAUGCCUUAUACUGCUGUGUCUUUUGGGAUUUUUUUAAUUGUUUUGUCAAAAAUGUUAUAAGAUCGGGUUAUAUUGAUGCCCUUGAGUAUUCCAUUCAGAAUUCUUGACCGAAAAGACCGGAGAGUUAUUUCUCUCUUCUUUUUUAUAUUUCAAUUAUACAGUAAAGGUAAUGUAUAGAAAUCGAAAGUACAUAUAUAUCUCUAUAGUUCGAUUCUGCUCCGAAUUUAAACAUACUUCUUUUGGACACAAUAUCAAAUAUAUUUCAAUGUGCCACAAUCUACAUGUAUAUAGUUUUGUCAUUAAGGCAGCUUAAAUGUGAAUACAUGUAUAUUGUUGUAAAUAAAAAAAACAAGGAACUGUUGUAAAUAGAUAAUGUGUAUUCUAAUUUAGAUUUGGCAUAUUCGCGUUUGAACAAUCAUAUUGGUUAAAGUAGGCCCGUUAAUUAAGGGUAGUAAUUAAUUUUGCAACAGUUUUUGUACGUGUGUGUGUGUCUGUCUGUUUUGUGAAUUGUUUUCCAAUUUCGAAGACAUGUUUACAAUAUUUGUUUAGAUUUCUGUUGAUACUAUAUGCCAUUAGUAUAUGUCUCUGCUUAAAGUAUGUCUUUUUUCUGUAUAAAUUAUAAGUUUUUGUCUUAUUUAGUUGUAUUUUUCAUUCUUUUUGCAUAAUAUUAAUUAUAUUUAUAAUCAAAGGGUAAAUACAAGUUUAGUUUCUAAUUACCAUUGUUUUAUUUUAAUCAUUUCAAUUCCCUUUUAUGACCCAGUUGGCGCGCAUGCGUUUGCAUCAAUAAUUC